AUGCCCCUCUACGGAGCAGAGAAGGCUGAUCUCGUGCUCAAACUGGUGUUCAUCGUUCCGCUUACUCUUGGUAUCAAUGUGCUGGAAAGCUGCUACCUCGCUGUACGAAGAGGCUUGGUAUUGAAGGACUAUCUCAUCGUCGCAAUCCUCCGCACGUUCCUGACAUGUCUCUCGCCCCGCCAAAUUGUUGCGGUGUCACCGUCUACUGAAGCGACGUUUAGUAGCUGGUGGACGCAAACUCAAGCAUUUUCGGCGAACCAGAACUCUGCGCUACGCGCGACUCCAGUCACGGAAGUGGUGGCGGAUGGUGCCAGAAUCCACUGGAUUCAGCCGCCCAGUCACCGAUCCGAGGUUGUUCUCUUUUUCCACGGUGGUGGCUAUAACGCACCGCUAUCCACAGGGCAUAUGAAUUGGUGUGCAGCUAUUGUGCGGCAUUCCCUGAAGGCAAAUCGCACUGUCGCGGUCGCAAUCCUUGAAUACGGUCUCACUCCUGAUAACCGCUAUCCGUUGCAACUCCGUCAAGCGCGGAACGCAUUGGAACACUUGCUCAAAUCCGGAAUCACUCCUGAGAAUGUCAUUAUCGGCGGAGACUCUGCCGGGGGUCAUCUUGCCCUAAGCCUCUUGUCUCACUUGUUGCACCCACACCCGCAGUGUGAGUUGCUGAGCUUACAAGCACCACUCGCGGGUGCUUUCCUAAUCUCGCCUUGGGUCACGGACAAGACUGAAUCGGAGUCGUUCCGUUGGAAUGCUCGGAUUGACAUGCUCUCAUCUAACCUCGUCCGGCGCAGUACUGGAGACUUUGUUGCGUCCUCCGAGCUGGAAGCGGAACGGGUGCGGGGUCAUGGCUGGGCCAUGCCGAUGCAAGCAGGACCUGGCUGGUGGGAAGGCUUGGGUGGGGUGGUUACGAGCUUGUAUAUCACCGCUGGCGAGCAGGAGCUGUUCAGGGAUCACAUUGUAGAGUUUGGGAACCAUCUACGCACGGAGCUGAGCCUUGUGGGAGGUGAGAUGCCGGCGGUACAGCUGCACGUUGACCCAGGAGAGGCCCAUGAUCAUAUCCUCGUUUCGUGUCUGCAAGGUCAAAUGGAUACUCCAAGCAUGAAAAGACUCGUGCGGUGGAUGAAGCGUGCCUGGAACACUUGA